UUAUUUCUAUUUUCAAGUAAUAAAACUCAUUUUUUGUUAUCAUUUUCUUUUGUUCAAAAUUUGUAAUAUGGAUUAUCCCCAUCUCUCUAUGUUCCUUUUCAUGGAAAAUCCCAAAUUUUGAUAUGUACCAAAUCCCUAACCUUAACAACCCCUCUUUCACUAUCAAGAUCGCCAUAACCAUAUCACAUUUCCCUCCCCUGAGAGCGAAAAACUCUUCGUUGCCGGAAAAAGUUUGAUAAUUUAUCAUUUAUUGUCUGGAUACAAGCCAGAAUCGGAAAAAUGUACAGUGGGUCCAGUGACGGCGAGGCGCCGGCCCAGAGGAAAAUUCCGGCGGCAUCCUCAAUGCUAUGGGUUCGUAACCUCCGCCGCUACAUCGGAUCUGGCGCGGGCCUCGGAUCCGAAGCUCUCAUGGAGCUAGAGACGAAAAGGAUUUUGCUGGAUAUCUUCAAAGCGAAGCAGCAAAAGAGCGCUGAAGCUGGUACCAUCCCGAGCUUCUACAAGAAGAAACCCGAGGAAGGUUCCAUAAGUCAUAGGGUUCAGAGGCUAGCAAAGUACCGGUUUCUCAAGAAACAAUCUGAUCUUUUGCUUAAUGCUGAUGACCUGGAUGCUAUGUGGGUGUGCCUGAGGGAAAAUUGCGUCAUUGAUGAUGCAACUGGUGCUGAGAAGAUGAACUAUGAGGACUUCUGCCACAUUGCUUCUGUAUGUACUGAACAAAUAGGCCUCAAAUGUCGCCGCUUUUUCAGUCCUUCAAAUUUCAUGAAGUUUGAGAAGGAUGAAUCUGGAAGAAUUUCUAUCCUACCUUUCUAUCUUUAUGUGAUGCGUACGGUUUCACUCACUCAAGCAAGAAUUGAUAUGAGUGAGCUUGAUGAGGAUUCUGAUGGCUUCCUUCAACCUCAUGAAAUGGAAUCAUAUAUCAGAGGUCUUAUUCCCAAUUUGGCACAAUUGCGGGACAUGCCUGCUGGUUUUGUGCAAAUGUAUUGUCGCAUAGCAGCACACAAAUUCUUUUUCUUCUGUGAUCCACAUAAACGAGGGAAGGCAUGCAUAAAGAAAGUGCUGCUCAGUAAUUGUCUUCAGGAGCUAAUGGAACUUCACCAGGAAAGUGAGGAAGAGGCUACCGACACUGAACAAGCUGAAAACUGGUUCUCACUGACAUCUGCUCAACGCAUAUGUGAUAUGUUUCUUGCUCUUGAUAAAGAUAUGAAUGGAACACUUAGCAAACAGGAGCUUCGAGAUUAUGCAGAUGGCACAUUGACAGAUAUCUUUAUUGAAAGAGUAUUCGAUGAACACGUCCGGCGUGGAAAAAGUGGAGGUGGUAAUGCUCGGGAGAUGGACUUUGAGAGUUUUCUCGACUUUGUUUUAGCUCUAGAGAAUAAAGACACUCCCGAAGGGUUAACUUAUCUGUUUAGGUGUCUUGAUCUUAAUGGAAGGGGAUUCCUGACAACUGCUGAUAUCCACACACUAUUCAGGGAUGUUCACCAGAAAUGGAUCGAAGGUGGCAAUUAUGAACUAUGUAUCGAGGAUGUAAGGGACGAGAUCUGGGACAUGGUCAAACCAUCCGACCCAUUGACUAUAACACUUGCCGAUUUACUUGCUUGCAAGCAAGGUGGAACAGUAGCAAGCAUGCUUAUUGAUGUGCGCGGUUUUUGGGCUCACGAUAACAGAGAAAAUCUUCUACAGGAGGAGGAAGAGCCGGAAGAGGAACAAUGAACAACCUACCUCUUGGGGAAUUUGUAUUCAUAUUAUCUUAAAUUGGAUAUGAAUUAUGUUCUGCUGUCCUGAAAAAUGUAAGGGCUCAUUUUUAUUUUAUUUUUUUUCUCUUUAGGAUGAUUAUCUUCUUUGUGGACAGGAGGACCGUUUGUUGUUAUCUGACUUUUGAAUGUGUAAACUGAGAAUUUGAGAACUAUUGAUGUAUAGGAUGAUGUAUUAAUAUAGGAUUUGUGUUGAUAUAAAAUAGUUGACAUUGCCAACCAGCUAUAUAUGGGUAUAAUUCGAUUAUUGAAAAUUGAAAAAAUUAUUUUACUGACAUCUUGCGGAAGAUUAAGGAUGAG